GGUCACUGCUUAUGUCACGAGUUUCCUUGGGUCCUCGCUUCACCAAUUGGUUUCUAAGCUUUUUUUUUUCUAGCACUUCACAGUUCACAUUCAUCAUCGUCACACUCUCUUCCACAUUCAAUACCGUAUCUCACUCUUCCCUCCCUCAAAAAACUCUCCUCUUUUUCUCCUCCCUCUGUUCCCUCACACUCACAUUCAACCAACCAAAUAAACUUAGAUUGCCUCUAUUUCUAUUCCCUUCUUCCCACAAACUUUUAUCUCUUUUAUUUCCCACUUCCAACCCUUUUCAUCAGUCAACACUUUGACCUGAUUCCUCUUCACCAAAAGAAAAAGGGAUCAUAACAAAACCAAACCAAAGAAGGAAUAAAAAGAAACCCUCUCUUAUUUAUUCCCCUCUUUACCACAUAUUUAUAACACGAUAUAUAGUACUUAUACACCAACGCUGAGAAAGCUUUUCGCUUUUCCAUCGAUAUGGGAUUCUCCGAGAAGGCGCAACUAGAGGGAGCAUUUGAUUCAGAUACCAACAAUAAUAAUCGAAAAUGGGUUAUCGCUGGAAUCGCGUUACGUGCACCGUUGAAGCCAAUUUACACUAUCCCUAUGGAGAAGGAGCAAAAGGAAGAGGUUGAAACAGAGGAUUGUUCAAGUUCAACAACACCAACAAACGUGGAAUCGAAGAUCCCAACACCGUUCACGUGCCCACCUGCUCCCAGGAAGCGGAAACCCGCGUCGAAGAAGUGCAAUUAUCGUCGCGGUGGUGGAGUUGUUAGAGAGUUCUUCACGCCACCUGACUUGGAAACCGUGUUCAUACGCCACGUUGAAAAGGCUAUUUGAUCUCACGGAAGAAGAAUAAAAUAAAAUAAAAUUAAGUAGCCACUUUCUUCUCUAGGGAUAGCUAGCUUUUGGUUCGGUUCAUGUAUCUUAGUGUUUUCUUUUUCUUUCCCUAGUGUAAGUGUUUUCUGGUUUCAUUGAGUAGCUAGAGAGCUUCGGUAGGUUUUUUUUUUUUUGUUACAUUUAUUGGUAGGAGUAUUUAUUGACUAUUAAUUUAUGUUGAAAAAUAUAAUUAAUCACUUUAGUGAGAUUUUUCUCUUCUAAAUAUGUUUUUUUUC